AAAAAAGUGGCAAGUCUUCUAUUGUCUUAGGGCACUGUGCUGCACUACAGUCCGUGGGUGCAUUUCUCUGGUGCACCGGCACUGCAGCCAUUAGAGGCCUCGUCUACGCUACGUGUUUAAACCGAUUUUAGUAGCGUUAAACUGAUUUUACCCUGCACCCGUCCACACAACGAGGCCCUUUAUAUCGAUAUAAAGGGCUCUUAAAACCAGUUUCUGUACUCCUCCCCGACGAGAGAAGUAGCACUGAAAUCGGUAUUGCCAUGUCGGAUUAGGGUUAGUGUGGCCUCAAAUCGACGGUAUUGGCCUCCAGGCGGUAUCCCACAGUGCACCACUGUGACCACUCUGGAAAGCAAUCUGAACUCGGAUGCACUGGCCAGGUAGACAGGAAAAGCCCCGCGAACUUUUGAAUUUCAUUUCCUGUUUGGCCAGCAUGGAGAGCUCACCAGCACAGGUGACCACGCAGAGCUCAUCAGCACAGGUAGCAAUGCAGUCUCCUGAGAAUUGAAAAAGCUCCAGCAUGGACUGCACAGGAGGUACUGGAUCUGAUCGCUAUAUGGGGAGAGGAUUCCGUGCUAACAGAACUCCGUUCCAAAAGACAAAAUGAAAAAAGUUUGAAAAAAUUUCCAAGGCUAUGAUGGAGAAAGGCCACACCAGGGACUCAGUGCAGUGCAGAGUGAAAGUUAAGGAGCUCAGACAAGCCUACCAGAAAACCAAAGAAGCAAACGGAAGGUCCAGGGCAGGGCCGAAAAUUUGCUGCUUCUAUGCUGAGCUGCAUGCAAUUCUAGGGGGGUCCACCACCACUACCCACCCCUGUCCGUGGAUUCCGAGGUGGGGGUGGUAAUCUCAGCCAUGGCUGAGGAUUCUGCGGACGGGGAAGAUGAAGAGGAGGAAGAGGAGGACGAGCUUGCAGAGAGCACACAGCACUCCGUUCUCCCCAACAGCCAGGAGCUUUUUCUCACCCAGACGGAAUUACCCUCCCAGCCCUCCCAAGCCACUAGCCCAGACAAUGAAGCCGUGGAAGCGACCUCUGCUGCAAAUUUUUCAAGUCUCCCUACUCCAUCCCAAAGGCUAUCUCAGAUAAGGCAGCGGAAAAAAAAGACACGAGACGAAAUGUUCUCAGAAAUCAUGGAAGUGACCCUCAAUGAAAGAGCUCAUCUGAAUGAGUGGAAGGACGUGGUAUCAAAUUACAGGAAAGAUGCCAGUGAACGUGAGGAUAGGAAGGACCAACGUGAGGAUAGGAGGGACCAACAUGAGGACAGGAGGGACGCUCGAGAUGAGAGGUGGCGGCAGGAAGAUCAGCAGUGGUGGGAUGCAAUGCUGGGGCUGCUGCGUGAUCAAACUGACAUCAUCUGAUGUCUGGUGGAGCUUCAGGAAGAGCAGCGGGGUCACAGAGUGCUGCUGCAGCCCCUGUGUAACCACCCUCACCACUCACCAUAUUCCAUACCCUCCUCACCCAGAUGUGUAAGAAUGCGUGGGGGGAGGCUCCGUGCACCCACCCACUCCAUCCCUGUGGGCAGCCCAACCAAAAGGCUGUCAUUGCUUUGAUAUUUUUUUAGUGGCCUUUUCCUUCCCUGCGGUCCUCCUCCCAAACCACACCCAGGCUACUUUGUCAGUUCUCUCCCUCUUUUUAUAAUGAAUUAAUAAAGAAUACAUGAUUUUUAAACGAUAGUGACUUUAUUUCCUUAAGCAAGCUGUAAUCGAAGGGGGAGGGUGGGUUGCUUACAGGGAAUGAGUCAAUCAAGGUGGAGGGGUUUAUCAAGGGGAAACAAACACAGCAGUCACACUGUACCCUGGCCCGUGAUGAAACUCGUUUUCAAAGCUUCUCUGAUGCGCACUGCUUCAUGGUGUGCUCUUCUAAUCGCUCUGGUGUCUGGCUGCGCGUAGUCAGCGGCCAGGUGAUUUGCCUCAGCCUCCCACCCCGCCAUAAAGGUCUCCCCCUUACUCUCACAGAGAUUGUGGAGCACACAGCAAGCAGCAAUAACAAAGGGGACAUUGGUUUG